UACAAAAUAAAUGAAAGGGAACGAAUGUUUGACGCAUGGAAGAUGGCCGACACGUGUCCUUCUCCAUCAGUGCCCCUCGUUGAAGGGCUGCACCCUUCUAUGCGCAGGCUUGUUAAAUUCCAAGGAAACGAGACAUUAAGAAGGGCGGGAUAACAUCGAUUACUGCAAUGCAACAAUAUGUUUGAAUAUGGAAGGAAUUAAAUCAGCCGUUUUGUGUUUUAAUUUGGCUUAAAUUGGGUGCUUUUCCGUUCAGAUCUUUAAUGGUGUUUAGGGUUUUGAAUAAUGAGAUUUGAGUAGUCGGCUGAAAGCUGGUUUUAAUGCUUGUGAUGUGAGUGCCUUUAAUGUGUUCCGGGUUUUAAGCGAGGAUUCAUGAAUUCAUCCCUUAAUUGGCAUCAUUAAAUGUGUUGCAGAUCGGGAGUUUUUAAAGAAGUGUAGUUAACCCGGGAUUGGGUGAAUUUGGGGCUGUCAAUGUUGCAGGGUGAAGUUGUGGUAGGGUUUGCCAGGUAAGGGUUUGUUUUUCAUUUGGCGUUAAAUGUUGCAGCUUGUAAUGCAGGAUCUGGCACCGCAAGAUUUGGAUAAAUUUGAUGCUAAUGUUGCACUGAGAUGGUGGCAGGGUUUGGAGAGUUUAUAAACUUGGGGUUUGGUGAAAGUUUCUGGAACUUUGUUUGUAGGUAGUGGCGGAUUUGUUAACAGAGGUUUUGGCGAAUUUAGAACCAAUUGGAGACUUGGAUUCGUCGAAGGAUUAUACUUAUGCUACGUGAGAUUGUGGUUUGUUAGAGUUCGAGGAAUCUGAAUUUGAAUCGUAAAUGUUUGAAAAACUUUGAAAUUGAGCUGGAUAUUAUCCAUCUUUGUCUUUUCUUGCUGAAUAUGUGGAAAUCAGUGAAAGAUUUGCAAACUAGACGAAUCUGAGCACGCCAUUGGAUCGUGGAAAGCGGCUUUGUCUUGCUUAAGAACAUAAUGUGGAAUUCCAGUUCACAUUUCCAAAAUAUCAGUGUUUGCUGAGUGCUCUUGGUUUUGUAGUGUAUGUGGAGAUAGAAGUUAACAAAUCUGUUGAAAAUUUUGUAUGGUCAAAUCGACUCCUAAAAUUUAGGGUUAGACAUCCGGGUGUGAAAGCUAAAAAAAUGUUUUAUUCAUUUUGCGGCAAGUGUCCAAAAGAUUUGUACGAUACCACUAUUUGCUCACUGCUUUGAAGGUGUUGGGGUGUAUAUUUCUAGUGAGAAGUUCGGGGUUUCUACGCAGGGAUUUUGGAUAAUUGUUAGGAUGCUGGAUAGCAAAGGAGAGUGUGAUCGACCAUGGGAAGAGCUUAUACCAGAUGCUCUUGCCCUUAUUUUCAAGAAAAUGUCGUUUCAGGAGAUUCUCACGGUGGUGCCUGCAGUUUGUAAGUCGUGGAGGAAGGUAGUCUUGCAGCCAGACUGCUGGCAAGAGAUCGAUAUUGAGGAUUGGUGCCGCCGCUGCACGCCAGAAGCUAUGGAGAGAAUGGUGAAGAUGCUUGUCCACAGAAGCCGAGGAUCGAUGCGCAAAUUGUCCGUGUUUGGAUUGACCAACGACCCAAUCUUUGACUUCAUUACUAGCUAUGCUAAUAGUCUUCAGGCCCUGCGCAUGCCUAUGAGUGAAGUGACAGAUUCCAUUGCUACACAAGUUGCUCCCAAAUUGGCAAACUUAACCUAUUUGGAUAUUAGUUGUUGUGAGAAGAUGACUUCUUCUUCCUUGGAGUCCCUGGGGAAAAACUGCAAGCUCCUUAUACGUCUGAGCAGGAAUAUGCAUCCACAAGGCACCGUGGGUCAAGAUCCAAAGGAUGAUGAAGCAUUUGCCAUUGCUAACCACAUGUCUCGCUUGAAGCAUUUGGAGUUAGCUUAUGGGCUGCUCACUGAUGCAGGUAUGGAGGCCCUUUUAAGCAUGUGCAAGGAGUUGGAACACUUGGAUAUCCGUGGCUGUUGGAAUGUAGCUAUGCAGGAUUCCCUUGCUGAUCAGUGCCGUAAAUUGAAGGUCUUUUUAGGCCCCGUGGUUGAUUCAGAUCGUUAUGACUUAGAAGAUUACCACUCAUAUGAUGAUGAAUAUGAUUCUAUGUCAGAAUAUGAUUAUGACUACUAUCCAAGGGACUAUGAAGAAGAAUUCUAUGAAAGUGAUGAUGCAUGGGAUGAAGACCUUGAUGGGAUACAGCUGAGAGUAUAUGAUGGCACAGUCUCAAAUGACAGCGAUGAUAGUGAUUGGCCAACGUCUCCACGGUCGUAAUGUCCUAGCACAGAAUGCAAGUCUCUCCAGAUCUGCUCGUGUUUUGGAUUCUGUCUUGAUUUAAUGUUUGCUAAUUUGUGUCUCUUCAAAGAUUAUCUCCAAGUGAUUUGGGAAUGAUAAGCUUCAAAAAGGAAUGCAGUAACAACUUGUCAACAUGAGCUUUGCAAAAAUGUAAGGUAAGCUUGGCCUUGGAAUGCUGGAGAAACUCUUACAUGGAUGGAGAUGAAUCUGUAAGAUGGUAUGUGUCUUGAUGAAAUGGUAUCCUGGGAAGAAAGGCCUUUUAUUUGAGAAGGUUUGGUGGUUUCUCAUUUGUAUUAGCAGCAUUUGUUUUUGGUCCUUAGAGCAGGCAAUGGAUUGCGCAUUUUAUUGUUGAGCUGAACUGCUGUCUGUUGUUGUAAAUGAUCAACUGGUAAAUUUGUUGUUAUCUUUUCUUUUAAAGCAAAAGGAGAACUCUCUGCAUUGCAGAUUAUGUUUUCUGUAUUA